CGCUAGGUGGAGCGCAAGUGCUACGGGAGGCCUCCACGACGCCUCAGCAGGUGGCCGAAACUUCUUGGGGCUCCACCCUCCCCAAAUUCCUGGCCCGACGAGGGCGGCGCACCCUCGUCUUGUGAACUUGUCCUCCCCAAUGUGAAGUCCACACACUGUCUUGAGCACAGCAUAUCCAUCCCGCGUAUAUAAGGCCGCGUCGUCUUCCUUCUCAUCCCAUCCAACAACCGCCUCCCUCAGCCCAUCCAGCUCCUAGUCAACUUAUCCACUCACCCACCUCACAAUGCGCUUCUCUCUCCCCGCCGCGACCACCGUACUCUCCCUCGCCGCCUUCGCGGCCGCGAUCCGGAACCCGGACAACCCGCAGGACCCGAUCAACUGCCCGCCCGACGGCGGCGCGGAUGCGUGCUCGAAGGAGACGAAGUGCAACAACCGCAUCCGCAUCAACUACGGGCAGACGGAGAAGGGGCACUAUAUCUGGUACCUGAACGACUACGACCCGAACGACCUCCCGCAGGGCAUUACGAUUACGGAGGAUGAUGUUGGUACUUGCUAAGCGCGUCGCGCCCAUGGAGGGAUGUAGGACGCUGAGCAAUCAGCCUGCCCACCGUUCCAGCGCGCGGGUCUCCCUGUACUUUUCUAUCUAUGCGCACAUUUGUAUGACUGGUGGCUACGCAAUCCGAAGCAUCCUG